AUGUAUGCUGAUGCCAAGCGCCCUGUCAAGUCUCUUUCUACUUCUGGUUCUUUUACUACAACUGUAUCUAUUCCUACUGCUCCCUCUGGCACUUCUGACGCUGUUACUGCCUCCAAUGCUAGUUUUGGUCUUGGUAGUGCUGACAUGCCUAUUGACGAACUGCUCCCUCUUUCUGAACUGAUAGAUGAAGAAGACGACCAAGAAGAAGAGGAAGGCACCCGUGAUCUGCCCAGAAGACGAAUUAUGAUUCUCAAAGCUAUCCUGAGAAAUCUCUUGAUGAGGCAAGCUGGCAAGUCUAUCACCCAUACACAGCUCAAGAAGGAACGUCCCAAUAUCACGGAAGCAGAGAAUCGCGUGUGCAUGCUUCUGGGAAAAUUACUGCCGCCUUAUAUACCUACUAGAGAUCAUUAUAGCUACAUUGGCUUCCAGUUGCCAUUCUUAUUGUUGGCCAAUGAUAUCUUUUGCUCUGUUGGCUACCACAAGUUUGCCGUGGAUCUGCGUUCAACUUCUUCCUGUGGCUCAUUACAUGCAAUGCGUGUAGACGCGGCCUCUCUGUAUGCCUUAUGUACCAGAGGUGAUGAUCAAAUGGAUAUCUUUGACUUUCAAGGAUUUGUCAUAGAAAACAUUGGGAUAGCAAGACAAUACAAGGAUGCCGUGUUUAAUUCUUUUUUCGACAUUCGUGCCAUCACGCAAGCCUGCAAGUCCUUUGGUCUGACAUUUGCUCACAACCUUACCAUUCUGCCUAGCCUUACCUCUGUCCGUAUUUUGGGCACCAAACCAAGUCCCAACAAGUCAGUUUCCAAUACGAAGCAACCUUUAGAUAUUGAUUGGGAUACCGUGAAAGAGCUUCAGACCAAAACUAAUCAAGCAUUGAAGAAGGACAUUGACCAACUGGAAACCGAUACCAAGGCUGUGUCUGAUGAGCCGAAGGCUGCAAACAAGGAUCGCAAGAAGGAGCAGUAUUCUACAAGGAUCAAGGACUUGAAGAAACAACGGCACACUGAUCGUAGCAAACGCCAAGAAAUCAAAGAGCUGAAGGCUCAAAGAUACCAGCUGUUCAUCACCAUCAAACAGACCAAGCAACAACUGUCCAACACGAGAACUCGUGCCUUUUUGACAAGGGAAGCUAUUGAAUAUAGAAACAAAGACAUCCCUCUUGUAUCAAAUUACGAGCCUCCUCCUUCUGACCAACAUCUCGAUUCAAUGGUGUUUUCGGGUACUGAUAACGGGCUGGCUGUAAUGACAGAAACUAUUGGCGUGAAUCUGAACAAAUACAAAUAUCACUUGUCACUGCAUAAUAGAUUCUCUCCUCUCACCUGCAUGUACUGCUUUGGGCUCACCUCUCAUCCCACACAAACCACCAAAGCAAAAGAUGGUAAGACCAAGACAAGGUCCAUUCAUGAUGCAUUCCUGUGCUUGAAUCCUGCCUGUGUGUCCGUUCUCAAUCACAGAGCCAUUCAAGGUAGAGACAAGACAUCUGUUUUGGCCAUCGCUGUCUCUGGGCUUUCCAUUCUCUUGUUCAAGCAGCCAUUGCCUGUAUUCAAUCCAAAACCCAGUCAAUCCAACACUGGCAUUAUUUCCAAGACCACCUCUUUCUGCAACAGAAACGAGAAACGGGACAGCAGCGGUGCUGCAUUAGCGGACGCUUGA